UGUGUUUGUGAGCGUGUAUGUGUGUGUGUCGUCCCCGGCCGCAUGGGAUGAGCUGCCCGCAGUCUUUGCAGCCACUGUUUUCGCCUCCUCCUCCUUCUCCUCCUCCUCCUCCUCCUCCUCCUCUUCUCCUUUGCCUCUGUGUAGCUGUCCAGUCCGAGAAUGUUGACCACUGUGGCCUGAACCUCCUCUUCAUCUCCUGACUGCCACUCUGCGUGUUUUUGUCUCUGACGGUCGUAGUCCUCCUCCAUCUGGCUGUUAAGGUCCUGCUCUGCCCAUCUUGUACUGUAACUGAAUCUGACCAGACGAGUUGUUCCAAAAGAGCUGAGAGGAACAUGGCUGUGGCCAGAUGUCCGGAUUAUUUCCUGCAUCAUCCAAAUUAUCAGCAGGACAAUAUAGACCGGACCUCCAAUCACAGGCAAGCUGACAUCAUUGGUCCAAGCUUCCAGCAAUCAGCCAAUCGGAGUUCUCCAAGCCAUCAAGAGGAUGAUGUCGAUCUAGAGGCCCUGGUGAAUGAUAUGAACUCAUCGCUGGAGAGCCUGUACUCCACCUGCAGUGGCCAGCAGACAGAGUCCACCCCGCUACUGCAAAAUGGACAGACCUCUUCCUCACACCACCAACAACAUAAUCAGCAUCACACACAACACAGCCAGCCUCGGCAGGGUCAGCACUCACACACUCUAAGCCACGCCUCUCCAGAGCCACCCUCUUCCUCCUCAUCGUCCACUGACUCACCACAAAGUGGACUUCGACGCUCACAACCGAUGCACAUCCUCGCUGUCAGGAGGUUGCAGGAGGAGGAGCAGCAGCUGAGGACAUCUUCUCUCCCGGCCAUCCCAAACCCUUUCCCCGAGCUCUGCAGUCCAGCCAGCUCCCCUGUCCUCAGCCCGGGCUCCCUGCCUCCAGGAGAACCCUCCUCUGGCACAUAUAUUGUGAAGAUUUUCAGUGAAGACGGCAUGGGCAAAGUGGUGGAGAUCCCAGCUGACAUGACAGCCAGAGACCUGUGCCAGCUCCUGGUUUAUAAAAGCCAUUGUGUGGAUGACAACAGUUGGGCACUUGUUGAACAUCACCCACUGCUCGGGCUAGAGCGCUGUCUAGAAGAUCACGAGCUGGUGGUUCAAGUUCAGGCCUCCAUGAACAGCGACAGCAGAUUCCUCUUCAGGAAGAACUAUGCCAAAUAUGAAUUCUUCAGAAACCCCCUGGCGUUUUUCCCAGAGCACAUGGUUGCAUGGUGCCAGGAAACCAGUCGUACGAUUCCACCGUCUCAGCUCCUUCAGAACUUCCUAGCGACCAGCAGCUGUCCAGAGAUUCAGGGUUAUCUGUAUGUGAAGGAGGUGGGGAGAAAGUCAUGGAAGAAAGUUUACAUGUUCCUGCGGCGCUCAGGACUCUACUGCUCUACAAAAGGAACCUCAAAGGAGCCCAGACAUCUACAGUUACUAGCAGACCUUGAAGACAGCAACUUCUUCACAGUCAUCAUGGGCAAAAAGCAGCACGGUGCUCCCACAGACUACGAGUUCUGUAUCAAACCCAAUAAAGGUCGAGGGGAGAUGAAGGAGCUGAGGAUGCUGUGUGCUGACGACGAGCAGGGCAGGACAUGUUGGAUGACGGCCUUCAGACUCUUUAAGUAUGGGAUUGUAUUGUACCAGAAUUAUAAGAUUCCUCAACAAAGAAAAACCUUACUUUCACACUUCUCAGCACCAAUGCGGAGUGUAUCAGAGAACUCCCUUGUGGCGAUGGAUUUCUCGGGGAGGAUAGGCAGAGUGAUUGACAACCCUGUAGAAGCUCAGAGUGCUGCCAUGGAGGAGGGGCAUGCGUGGCGGAAGAGGAGUCAACGAAUGAACAUAUUAGGCUCCCACAGUCCACUACACCACUCCUCAUUAAACUCAGUCAUCCACAUGGCUCAGUUGUGGUUCCACGGCAGGAUAACCAGAGAAGAGUCUCAUCGUAUUAUCCACCAGCAAGGACAAGUAGACGGGUUGUUUCUGCUGAGGGUCAGUCAGAGUAACCCCAAGGCGUUUGUGCUCACGUUGUGCCAUCACCAGAAAAUCAAACAUUUCCAGAUACUACCGUGUGAAGAGGACGGCCAACUCUUCUUCAGCCUUGAUGACGGCGCCACCAAAUUCACUGACCUGAUCCAGCUGGUGGAGUUCUACCAGCUCAACAGAGGAGUGCUGCCUUGUAAACUCAAACACCCAUGCACCGUCGUAGCCUUAUGACAUCAUCGGAUCAUCAGACCCCAUGAGCUAUAUCACUUGACGUGACUCUGCCUAAAACAAACAAACAAACAAACAAACAAACAAACAAACACAACAACAAGAAUCUUUUUGUUUUUAUCUUUAUAAGAAGCUGGUGAAUGACUGAUGUUUCUCCGUUGUUGUUUUUUAAUGCCGUGAGUCCGCCAGAGACUGCUGACUUUGUUGGAUUCUUUUCGUUUGCAUGGAUGUUUGAGGAAUCAGAUGCACAACCUGCUAACGAGGUUCCUCGGUCAAGACGAGAGAAGAUCAAGGAAAUGAACACUGCCGUUUGUGUCAUACAGUUGCAGAAUCUUCCACAGUCUUGCUACCCACAGUCAUCAAUAAGCUUGAAUACAGUGACCCUCGAGGUUUCGUCUUUUCUUCCCUUAAACUGGACAGUGAGCAGGACGAGCUUUAUCGUGGACCACUCUGCUCCCUGACAACAAACAGUAGUCUUAUUCAAACGUCCUCAAAGAUGACUGUAGACAGAGAGUUGAUUGUCUCUUUAGUUUUGCACUCAUCAAAAUGGGAGUGGCCUUUGACUGUGCAUGACUUUGAAGCUGUCACAUUAGUGAACUGAGAGAUGGUAGAGAGAGACCACCCUCAAGGGUUGCAGGCGUGUAAGGACAUGUCAGAAUUCAACAUGGACGGGAUUCAGAGGCACCAGGACGAAUGUCCUUUUUGAAUUUGUGAAAAAUCUGGAGUUUGUCAAAACAAGUAUUUUAAAAGAAUGGACUGUACUAAAACCUGCAUUGUGCCCUCUCAUAGAGUUUUAUUUGCUCAUCUUUGACCACACAGGGUUUUUGUUGCUCUUGCAUAUUUUUUUUAACACUUUGCAUUCAGGUCAUUUGCAAUCCUCCAUUAUUUACAUAAGCUACGACUCUUCAUUGGUGAUGCUGUUGCACGUUCCAGCUCUGUUCAGUAUUUCCUGGUACAACCUCCACAAAAAGAAGCAUUUGUCAAACUUUGGGGUAAUACAGGGUGAAGUCGCAAGUAAAAACGCUGGAAGACAUUUUUCAACCAGGUAGACGUUUAUGGUGACUGCAAUGUGAAAAAGUGAAACCAGGGGAAACUUAUGAGUGCAGCAGUAAUUCACUGCAAGCAGAGGCAGGAUGCUACCUGUUAGAAAAGAUAAGGUUAGACAGCAGUGAGUUUCAGUCUGUAUUCAGUCCUCUCUACCAUGGCACAGGGAAGGGUAACCACUGUCAUCUCUUUCAGGGUUUUCUUGUGACAAUAGAAACAAAGGUUGUCCUGGUUUUGGACCCUCUUCUUUUUAAAUGAAGCUACACAAACUGACUUCAGUCUGGUGAACAUUAGUGAAACUCUGUCAAACAUACAGUAGAUGUAUUAAGGGAUGCAGUUUAGAGUGCUGGCUCCUCUCUGAUAGAUCCCGUGCUUUACAUUCCGAUAUAAGCUGCCUUGUAUUACCUGGAGGUACUUGUGAACCAAGCAUAUCACACCUACACAUACUGCCUGCUGCACACCACCUCUGUACGGAUUCAGGUACAUUGUCCAUGGAUAGUUAGCUGCUGUUGCUUUAAUAAAGUAGAAAUAUGUGAGAGUUAUAUGAGGUGUAGAUACUGUAAGCAGUGUGGUAGCAACAUAAAACUGGAAAUGUAAGGUCCCGAGACUUCAGGCAGCGGAAGCUACAGUACUACGGUUUAUGCAAGUUUUACCCAUGCAUCUUAAUUUGACUUUACAGGAUGGGAUUUUGAUUGGUUAUAACUAUUGCCAGCCAAGGAGAAUUUAAAUGGAUCCCCUGUUGUGUUUUGGAGAAGUCUAUGCUGAAGCACCAUAAAAAAAAAAACUACUGCGAAAGGACCCUUUGAUCAAAUGUCCUCUUAAAUUGAUAUGGAUCCUUUUUUUCGUACUGACUAGAAACUGAAUGGAUGAAACGUGACAGGCAAAACAGCUGUAUCAAAUUCUGGGAAAACAUUAAUGCACAAAGUUGUUAUACAUAUGUCUUAUGAUAAGAUGCACACCUGUCACUUCCCACAAACUUGGUUGACAAUUACCUUCUCUCCAGUAUCUCACCACAAAGAGCUGUUCUUUCUUAUUUCCAUAACCAUAUCAGGAUAAUCUCAAACCCUCUUUAACUUUUAUUUAGUCCAAACAUUAGUGGUUGCUCUGAUCACCAGCAGACAGUUAGAGUUCUGUUUGUUCUUUCCCGGAUUCCAACACCCACAGUCAUAAUUUAUUCCCCUGUAAGCUGAAGAUGUGAGCAGCACCAUAUUGACUCUCUGUGCACGGUCACCAUUAUUUAUCUGAGAUACAUAAAACCAUUUUUUAAAGUAUUGUUGCAGAAAAAUUUAUUUAUUUAUCUGGAUGUGACUGAUUACUUGAAAAUUUUAGACUAUUUUUUUUUCUCAGCGCUGUUCUGUACUGUUUUCUUUUGUCAUUACCAUGAAAUGAUUGACCAGUGUGAUUUAUGGUUAUAAUGAUUACUGUAAUGACAUAGAAUCUCUCCAUGGACUUUGUUUCCUUUUGUUAAUUUCAUUCAAAACUUGUUACGAAGUGAUGUUUGGAAGCACACUGGCAUCAAGUGCUGUUAACAUUGUCAUUCCAUUACAUGACAAGGGGAGUGUUGUGAAAUUGAAAACAAACGAAAACGCCUGAGUUUCCCAAAGCAUGAAUCAAUUAGUUGUUUUACCCUUUUCAUCGCUGGUUUCAUUUUGCCCAGAUUUAUUUGAAAAUUAUCUUUUUUUUUAAGAAGCCCAGCCCUUACAAUGUCUUCUCCGCUUUGUUCUGGUCUUAAGGAGAAGAAAAAAAUACAGGAAUCAAAGUUAAAAAGCCACACAUCUUUUAAAAACUGGGUCAUGUAACCCUCGCCUUGAAAGAAGGACUUGUAGAAAUUUAGAUGUAGGACAAAAAACAUUCAAGUUUUACCUUUUUAAUGAAAGAAUCUUAAAUGCCGAGAUUAGGUGUAAUGAAGAACUGCUUAACAACAACAUCUGGCCCUUCUCUCCCUUAAAACUGCAAUAAACAGGGGUAUAAUGAUUCAUUAAUGCAGAGUUUAUGUUCAAUGUGCAGGGAUUUUGUCACAUAUUAUUGAUAUAUGUAAUCCGGAUAACAACACAAGAUUUGUUUGUAGUACUGAAAGUCAUCUUAAGCUAUUGAUAUGUCACUGUAUUGUUAAUGCUCGCUGUUUGAAGUUAUAAUCAUGAGUCGCCAGAGAUUUUCAGUCAUCCUCACUCUCACAUUGUUGCAUUUUUUUCUGACUGAUGUGAAUGAAAGCAGGUGUCAGCAUGUGAAGGAUCAGGGUUUGCAGGGUCUUAAAUUCAAAAGGCAACUAUUAAUGAAAGUAAGCUAAAGUAAAUUCAACUUGUGAACACAAGAAAGAGACAUAAGAGGGUUUGAUCAAUAUGUUAGUACUCUUAACAGAAAUGAAUGUAACUGGGUUGCUCAGGGUUGACUCGGAGCAUGUUAAAAACUACUGGAUCAUCAGA